GCCCAUCUCCUAAGUAUUUGGUCACAUGAUCAAUUUCUCAUUUCAUUUCCAAGCAACAGGGAGUGGCUCAACUUACCCCACUCUCCCCUACACCACUAGAGAUCUUGAUGAGGACACACAAAGUGAUCAUGAAGGUAAAAGAGCAAAAGUUGUCAUUCAAACCUCACCAUUGCUGAUUUAGCAUCCUUAGCAAACACAAACUGCCCGAUCCUUUCUUUCUCCUCCCGCUGAACACAGCGAGCAGCAAACAGCCACUCAGACUUGCUCGGUGUCCAUGAUCCACAGCGAAAAGCCCAGCGAACAGAGCCCAUGUCUUCGCCUCCUCACCCGGACCCUCCACAGCACCCGUCUGCUAACGAGCUAACGUUAGCUUUACGCGUCCGCAUGUGGAGUUACAGUUCUUACGACUAAAAACUACAAAAGGGGGUUUCACAUGUCUGAUAUAAGGUUUCCAACUGCUCAUUAUCAGUUAACAGCGACGAUGAAAGUCACACGGCCACUCCAAACUUCUCGUUGUUUACGUUUUUAGGGUUUGUAGCGGUGCACAUGCCCGGAAGAGCCCGGCGAGAUACAGCGUCGUCAUGAGUGGGCGCGGUGGGGGAUUGACCAAUGGGAGCCAAGAAAACUGUGCGCAGCUAACGGUGCCUUCAAGUGCUCGAGGGAGUAUUGUAAAUAAGGCAAAACUGCGCUAAAGUGAACAGAUUUACGCCUAUUUUAGAGAACUUCUUGUGAAACUUGCUUAUAUAUUUGACCGAAGCCUUAACUGCAUAGGUCAUGUCUGUCUAACUUUACACCAACGUUGCUAAGACGGACUGUAUCCCGACCAAUGAAUCUUCUCUUGUAUUUCUGCAUCGAUAUCUAAGAAAAUUCAACUGUGCAAUGUGAAACUACCAAGUCUUGUUUAUCCAUCAAAAAGUCUAUUAUUACAUCGACUGGUCAACUCGUUUUUAGUUCCUUUCGUGCUGUAUUUCACGCUCGAGCGCUCAGAAUUCACUAUUUCCGAGCCACCAGUGAACGCAGCAUGCAAAUUGUACCUCCAGGAUGUUGUUUUGAUUGCAGAACAUCUGUGUGAGGAAGGUGAGAUGUCUUCAUAAUAUAUUGCAGAUAAUGUUAACAUUCCGAUAGGGGUAAGAAAACGCCUUACCCUUCAGACUGCAUUAUUUUUUCCGAUAGUGAUGAGGAAAUUGGGUUGUGCUCGUCAGGUUGGAGACAAUCUCGUACCGUACUACUGCUCGAAAAAAAACGUAUUUUGCACUAGAAAAAAAUGACAGAUGCAUGCGGGGUGACCUAGAAGUACAGGUAUAUAUACGAGUAGGUUUUAUGCGGGUUAUCACCAGAACGUGUGUGUCAUUGUAGCCUCCAUACGUGCAGUAACCUUGGUGUAUCCCACACUUUGACCAUAAUUUGACCAUUUUAACAUAGUAGCCUAUCGAUGGUGUGUUGGCCUGAAGUCUGCGUCGUGUUGCCAAACUGGAGAGGGUCACCUCCCCCUUCAGUGGUUAAUGUGCUACUCAACAAACUUAAACAGCACAAGUAUUGCAACAUAGUGACUAUAACUACUACAUCAGAAAACUAGCAAACCGUGAUUUGAGUGUUCCAGUCAAGGAAAAAAAAAUCCUGUCUUAAUCAUUUUAAAAUUUAUGAAAAAUUACACGCCAGCAUUUUCAUUGAGCAGAACAAACUAAAGAUGCUUAAAGCUUCAGCAAGGAAUUUGUGUUAAUUUUGGCACCUCUUGUGGAUACAGCAGGUACCUUCUAAUAAUGUCAGUAUUUUUUUACUAAUUUCUUUAUUUUCCCUUUUUUAAUUUUUAACUAAUUGUGUCUCCUACUUGUUAUUUUGCAAUUGAAAAAUGCUUCCUUUUGUCUUUUAAUGGUCAAAUGUACCUCUGAGGAAUUUUGCUGUGGAAACUGUAAGAUAUAUAACAAAAUGUUAUGUUACAAUAUGAUAGAUACAGCACAAUAGGUUACAAUACAAUAUGAUAUGAUAAAAUGCAUGAUAUAAUACCUGUUAUGACUUGAUAUUAUACCAUAGGAUACUAAAUAUGAUAGGUUACAAUAUGGUACAAUACCAUACCAGCAAAUGUUAUUAUAAGACACCACGAGACUGAACUUGACAUAGUGGGAUAUGGUGAAAUACAACAUGUUACAACACAACAAUACAACACAAUGUGAUUUGAUACCAUAUUAUGUAUCAAAUCCAUAUAAUGUAUGGAUUUGAUAUCUGGGAAGUGCUGCAAAUACUAAACUGCCCAAACAAUUAAACCGAUAAGUUUCAACACUAAAAACCAACAACAACAACAAAAAAAAAAAAAAAACACAUGUGAACAGAGAAACACACAUGAAAGGAAACCAUAAAUCACAAAGUCUAUUGCACAUUAUCAUUAUCCUGACAAACUGCACAAAUAAGAGAAAAAGAUAAUAAGAGCAUGUGGAAAAGCCAGUUUUGGCAAUGUGUAGUUACUGACCUGACUGACUCUUGAUUCAAGACGGCCGUUUCAGACAUUAAAAGAAAAAAGGUAGAAAUGAAGUAGAGUGAACAGUGUUUAUUUUAAUGUGUUUCAAAAGCAGUGAAAAGUUUCUCAUGUCUUUAUGUUGCAUCAGGGAGAAACUUGAGACAGACUUACUGCACUUCAUGUACUUCUGAUACUUGAUUUUUGGUUCAUUUACUCAAUAAUUUUGUUUCUCUUGAAUGUAGCUCUACAUUUUCAUCUAAAGUUGAUGUUGAAUCUUAGCUGGGUGUUAAGUUGUGGUCUGAAAUCAAACUGUCAGCAAUCAGUUCGAUAAGACCUGCUGAUGAAUGAACAAGUUACUGUGCAUGUUUUUUGUCGACUUUAAGGAGUCAAGAUACACAUGAUGAUUUUUGAUUACUAGUAUUCAACCCAAAUUUAUCUAGGUCGGUGAAAACAGCCGUUUAACCUGCCAGUUAGAAGUAAUUGACCAAAGUUGCAUAACUUAAGAUUCAAGUACAAAGUGGUAAACAUGCUUCUUUAGCUCUGUUGCUGUAGCCUAGCAUGCUGCAUUUUUCUGGAGGUGUCAGUUUAGUAAGGCUUGAUUUAAUGUGAAAUAACUUGUAGGUUAGCUUAGUACAUUUUAUAAGAGGCUUGCCCCAAACUGCUCCUUGAUAACUGUUUUAUUUUUUUAACUGCAGGGAGAAUGCAGCACCUCCUCAGGCUGUGAUGGUCCUCUACCUGUGCAGGCCCAACUGGCAUAGAUGGAAAACUCAACAAGUCUGGUCUUUCUAAUCCCUUGUGGCCUUUUCUUCAUCAAAUCAGAGCCUCGGUUAAAAAAGCUCCCUCUUCAUCUGGGAGUUUGAAAAAAAAAAAAAAAAGCUCUGGAUGAUAAACUCCUCCAGCAAACCUGCUGUGACCUCUGUCACUACACUCUUGUUUUCACCUCAAAUCUGCAGAACUUUGAGUCUCACAUGCUGCUGCUGCUGCACAGAGCCAGUCUCCAGUCUAACAGCUGUGAUCCGUCUCCCAGGUGGAAAACUUCAGAGGCAGUGUCGGAGCCACUGAGGGAGUCCUCGUUGAUGAAACUGUUGCACUUUUGAGAGACAAGCUGUGCUGUGAGAUAUGGCCUAACCUUUACAACAAACAUCCACACCUCUCUUCAUCCGGACAGAGGACACAGCCCCCUCCUUCACUCUGACCUGUGAUCUAGCUCUCUUUGUACCUUCCUUUUUUUAUACUUCUCCUCCCAUACCUUUUCCUCCGUCUCCACUUCGGCCUAGUUUUUUUCCCUGCUGUCUCCACUUGUCUCUGUUUCUUGGGUUUCCGACCCUCCUUCCUGUCAAGCUGGAUUUCCUGCAGAUGAAGCAUCUGAAGAGGAAGAGGAAGAGCAACUACAGCGUGAGAGAAACACAGACUCUCAUCAGGGAGAUCCACAAGAGGAGAGACGUGUUGUUCUCAAGGCAGCAGGUUUAGAUUUUGUCUUCUUCCUACAGAUUGAUCACAUUAUGCUGACAACAAAUGACAUUUAGGCUGCUCUGUAUGUGCAGUUUAUGCAGUGCCACUGAAGCAUUUGUUGACAAAGUCUUAAUUUUCUUUGAUCUCUGUUCUGAAUUGGACAGAUUACAAACAGAAAGGAUAGCAGCACAAUCCAAAUUUUUCAGUUCAAUUCGAAUCCAUUCACUCCAAGCUUUAUCCAAUAUAGUCUUGUGGAAUAUUUUUAAAGAUCUAUUGUUAAACAUAUAUCAUAAGUAUGUGUUCCCACUCAUUAUUGAAAAAAAAAUAGCCCAUAUAAUUGUUUUUCAAGUAUAAAAUCUAUGCAGUAUGUCACAGAUUGAUGCCAUGGGGGGAGGAACUUACACUCUCAUCCAAACAGUUUAGUUCACUAGGAAAGCAAGGUACAGUAACAAUGUGAACCUGGAUCUUUCAGCGCAAAUAGCCUGUAAAGAAUAAAAACAUCUGUUCAAUAUGUUUGAAUUACUCAAGAGCAGUACCUCCAUCGCCUUGGUGGCCCACUAGAGGGCACUGACACAGUUCCAUUUUAGCUGCAAGUCCUUAAACUCAGUUUAGUGCUCAUCUCAGUCAGAACCCAUCAACACAGAACACAAACUCAGAGGUAUUUUCAUGCAUCCUUGUCAAACCAGACUGAUUUUAAUAUGUAUUUAUAGAAAAAAUAGCUGUGAGCAUUUUUUUCAAUCUUAUGUUGUGUAUUACAUGUAUAUGCUGGCAUUCGCUUCUGCGACUGUCCUGAGAGGAUGAGUUUGGUUUACAGAUAUGUUGGCUUUGUGGUUCAUGGAAAUCUGACAUGUAAAAUCUUUUUUUCUCCUCUUGUGUUUGCGUGUGUGUAGAACACAGCCAUCAAUGAGCUGAAGAGACAGGCAUGGGAGGAAGUGGCGCAAAGUGUCAAUUCACUGGGGGAGGGAGAGCUACGCACUGCUGCUGAAGUAUGUUUAUGCAUAUGCUACAGUAUUACAAGGUCACAAAUUUUGUUUAGCUGAUACUUUUGCUACAUAUAUCUGGGAGUUAGAAUGAUACUGGGAAGAAUCUAGAUGGGAGGGGACAAUGUGAGUGAAAACAUCUUCAAGUCCAAGUAGAUGUAGAUACAAAGUUUUCCAUCAGCAGUAAAUGACCAAUAAAUGUUAAAAUCAUGCUUUGAUUCUUUUGAAACACAUCAAUUCAUCACUUCCUUCUAUUGUCUAAAAAUGUGUCUUUCACCCUCUGACCUCCUGCAAAGGUGAAGCGUCGUUACCUGGACUGGCGUGCACUGAUGAAGAGAAAACAGCUCCAGGCUGAGCUCUCUCUCUCCUCCUCCUCCUCCUCAUCAGUAGCCCUGAAGACUGAGUUCGAUCAGUCCUCUCCUGAGCACGAGGCAGCUUCUCUGGGAUCUGGCUGUGACCAGCUGCUUGACCUCUCGGGCCUCCCCAAGGAUUGUCACUGUGACUGGCCGGAGCUGGAGGCGCUCGGUGAGCCAAGCGGACAGACCAUGAUGGCACCGCUGAGUGUAAAGAUGGAGGACGACGUCAGCGAGUACAGAGUAAGAAAUAACUGAUAAUGGUGCUACAGUAAUCAAGUGUGAAGGACCCUUAUGUAGAAUUUAAUUAAAAUAUUCUGCAUCUAAACACAGACACAAUAAUUUUGUCAAACCUAUGCAUGUGUUUGGUACAGAGCUGAAAUUAUUUCGAUUCUCAGCCCAUACUGACACAACAGUAUUUGCUAAUGUGUCUAAUAGCUUCAUCAAUGUCCUCAUCAGCAGAGGCAGUAAUAUUAAACAUAUCAGUGAUUAUGCCAGCUCAUUAUGUAGCUCAAGUGGCCCUUGUUAGCCUUGUCUUUUGAUUGGACUCAUGUAGGCCCACUAGGAAGAAAUCAAACUUGGUUAACACAAGUGUGAGUUAAUAGGGAUUUAAUUUAAACUUGACAUUUAAUGUUAGUUUUGUUGACUGCAGAAGGACUGUUUUAUUAACUCUUCAAAGAGUGAGUCAAUCUCCUAAAUGAUAGAUAUUUCUGUCAGGCCUGAGCUUGACAUGCUGUUGAAAAUAAAUGGCGAUGAGCCAUGGUAGCUAUUUGUGUUUAUUUGCAGGCUGUGCAUGUACUUCAAAGCAUGACAGAUGGUUGGCUGCCAGCUCGCAGCACAGACAAUGACAUUGUUCUCAUGCAUAUGACUUUGCAUUUUGAUUUUAUCUGAAACUUUGUUUUUUAACCUUUUGUCUAGCACACAAAAUACUUGAAAUCAUAUACAAUAUAAGAUAUGGAGAGAUGUCACAGCUAUUUUAGUAUACUUUUAUUUAGUGUUUUAAUCUUCUGUUUCACUGGCUACAAUGGUACUGAUGGUUUCGAAAUGUCAAGAGUGUUUGGUAUAAUUAGGGUUGCCUAACAGAGUCUACAAGACCCCUAUAGCCAGAAUUAACACAGCUCAAAACUGGAUUUCUGCAUAAAUAUUUAGGUAUUGAAUAUGAUGUAGAUCAGCCUAAGUUCGAGUUCGAGCCUGAACUUUAGGAAACAUUUGCUUUUUUCCCUACAUGUUGAUUAUUUUUACCUCAUGUGAUAAUUUAACUGAAUUUUAGGUACAAAAACAGGUGAAAUACUCCUUUAAUGUUCUCACUCUGUCCCUCUAGCUGAACGGUGAUGGUGAUGUGGGGAAUGAGGAGAUAGAUGAAGAGGAUAUCCCCUCCCUGCUCAAUGACAUCGAGUCACGUGCCGAGGGUCAUGUUGAGGAUAUUUACUCCCACAGUGACUUAGGUAUACUCAGCCCCUCCAAGACCCCGACCUCCACCUUCAACAGAGACCUGCCUCUUUCUGGGGGUCUGACAGGGAUUCCAACUCAAGCUAUAGGUGGAGUAAUCAAUCAUGAAAACAUGGGGGCAGGGUUUUUGGUUGCUGUUGAGAAACAGCGAUUGGAGCUGGAGAAACAACGGCUGGCUGUGGAAACCGAACGCCUGGCGGUGGAGAAAGAGCGGCUGACGGUGGAGAAGGAGCGCCUUCGACAGAUGGAGGUGGAGAGGGAACGGCUGCAGCUGGAGAGAGAGAGGCUACAGGUGGAGAGGGAAAGGCUGAGGCUACUGCUCCUAAGCCAAUCAGAACAUGCUGACUCCUCCUUCAAUUUGCAGCCACAGCAAAGCCCACCCUCAUCCUCCACACCUGCCUUAUCCUCCACCCACCAUGAUGGACAGAGAGAGAGAGGAAAGGAGAGUAAAGCCUGGGCAUCAGCGGUGGAUCUGGAGACAGAAAGGCUGAAACUAGAGAAGGAGAGAUUGCAGCUGGAGAAAGAGAGGCUGCAGUUUUUUAAAUUUGAGGCUGGCAGGCUGCAGAUAGAGAGAGAACGCCUCCAUGUGGAGAAAGAGAGAAUGCAGCUGCAUAAAGAUCACCAGGGACACUGAAACAAAAGCUUAUACAAGAGAAGAGAGAUUUUAACAGCUUCCCGAAAACAAAUGCAAAAGAAGAUGAUAACAGGUGAGGCCUUUGUGUGGAUUUGUAUAAGCAGCUGCUUUCUGAAGUCCCCCACCCAUUGGAAUUUGGCCAAGAAGAAGACAGACACAGAGGGCUGACAUAUUUACGACCAUCACGAUACAGCAGUGCCUUAUGAUGUCUUCAUAAAAUGGGUGGCGGGACUGAAAAUAUGCUAUGAUAAUAAAAAUCGUGAAAUUUGUUGACACGUGCAGCCGGCUAAGGCUGAGCGUGUUUGAUUUGUACAAUGCAAUAAGUUUUAACAGCUGUUCAGUGCCUCAUCCGAAUAUGGUAAUGCUCAUAACGUGCAGAACAAGAUCAGCUGUAGCGUCAAUGCAACACAAUUCAGUGUAGAAAUGUCUUAUAGAGGUAUAUAUCAAAAGAAAUGGAAUGGUGAUGUCUUACUCUGCAUUUGUGAAGAUCAGUGCAACUUAAUAUUCUGCAUGGGUGCUCACCUUUGAACCCAAGUGUCAACAUACAUGAAAGCAAAAAUCAAACAACUGUCAUUUGUAAAGACAGUUUUUUUUCUUAUGACACUUGUGCUGUUAAACUUUUGCAUUUUUUUUUACAUGUUGAUGGUUGUAAUUUUAUAUAAGAGUUUUAACCCAGUAUUUCAUAUUUGCUAUAUUUUGGCAAAGUUACAAUAACCAGUGGCUCAGUUGUGUUCAAAUGUCUCUGUAAGUCGUGAUUGUGGAACAGUCGGUCAUUUUGACGAAGUAACUAAAGCAGCUGAAUGCAAUUCAGCCAUCGUUUUAUUUCUAACAGCUUGUGGUGCUCCUUUUGCAACACACCAAAAUGUCUUCUGUGGAAUAAGCCUGAGAUGAGACUUUUUUUUUUUUUUUUCACCAUGAAUUAUAACCUGAAAAUCUUUGAUGGGCAGCUAUACUGGACGUUUGCUUUGCAUGUGAGAAAAUACAAGUGUUUUUAGUUCUGAUGUACAGUGAUGGUGCAAAUUUAUAUCAGCCAACAAAAUGAACCCACAAAAAUAGUACUGUAAUGUUGUAAAAAAAAGUUAUUUUUUCCCCCACAUGUGUUAUGUUGAAUGUUUUAUUUUUCAAUCAUCAUGAUUUAAGAUUACUGUACCCAACCAACAUCCUUUAAUUAUCUUUUUUUUCAAUGCAUGUGCACUUACGUUUAAUUUGUAUGGUUUCUUAAGUGGUUCUCUAAUUCUUGUUAAUAUGUCUGUAAAUAAAAUUUCCAGAGAGGAAAAGGGAUAUAAAUUCAAGAAAAAAUGUUGUCACCAGAGUUGAAUAAACUCAAUCCCCAAAGUGCUGCUUUUGAU